CUUCAUUCGCAUACGGAUAACGCUGGUGCAGAGUACUACAGGGUGAGACGAGGACCCAAGAACCAGUGGCUGAGAUUACAAUCUUUUCAUUUUCACUAUUUCACAGAGCCCAUCAAUGGCCGCUCUUAGAUUCGGCUUCACCGCCACCACCAUCCACGUUUCAUCAACGUCGAUUCUCACCCGCACUCGCCCCAACCCAAAGACCAUUACCUGCGUCGGAUGGGACCCAGAAGGCAUUUUUGGACCGCCUCAGACCGGCCAUAUCGCUCGAAGAGAGUUCAAAAGGCGGCUGGAGAGGGACGCCGAAGCUCGCGAGGCUUUCGAACGCCAAGUCCGGGAAGAGAAAGAACGCCGCCAAUUGCUUCGAGCGUCUCGUGUAGUUCCGAACAACGUGACUGGCCUUAUUGAGUAUUUUCUUGAUACUGAAGCUCAGGAUAUUGAAUUCGAAAUCGCCAGGUUGAGACCCAGGCUGACCGAGGAGUUUUUUUCGAGUAUAAAACUGGAGCUGGGAGAGCUUAGAUUUGCCGUUAACAAAACUGAGGCCAUGGAAGACAGAGUGAUUGAGUUAGAAGCAUUACAGAAAGCGCUUGAAGAAGGAAUAGAAGCGUAUGAUAAAAUGCAAGGCGAACUGGUAAAAGCAAGGGAAGGCUUAACCAAAAUUUUAACAUCAAAGGAUGUAAAAGCUACCUUGUUGGAUAUGGUGGAACGAAACGAGCUCAAUCGAUCGCUACUAGCCCUUCUCGACGAAAACAUAGCCAAUGCGCAAAGCGGUAACCAGAAAGAUGCUGCUGCUUUCAUGGAAAAGGUUCGAGGGGCUGUUCUCAAGUACAUGACAGCAGCUUAGUAGUCUGGAUUGCGAGAAACUAGAACAGUUACUGAGUAUUUCAAUAACUUAGCAUACAAAUUUUUUCAGAAUUCAUUAGAAAUUUUCUAAGCUAUCUAUUUGAAUCCUUCAAAAAUAUAUCAUUCUAUUACUUGAUAUCUA